UCAUUCAAGCAGCCCUCGCAGGAGGAAGUCCAGAGACGAAGACUCAUUGGCAUCAAUCCCGAGACCGUCUCAAGUGUCGUCUCUACCGAUUUUCCUGGCCACUACCCCGGCGAGGACAACUCGUGGAACCUCGACUCCUUCAAGCAGCUCCAAGUAGACUUCCACAAGAAUGACCAGUACGAUUCCGUCUUUUCGCUCGUCGGCAUCGAUGCCUCUGUCGCAAACGCAUACCGCCGUAUCAUGCUGUCCGAAAUCCCCACUCUGGCCAUAGAAGACGUCUUUGUCUACGACAACACUUCCAUCAUCCAGGACGAGGUCCUCUGCCACCGUCUUGGUCUUAUUCCCUUCACUGGCUCUCGUGAAGGUCUCCGCUGGAUGCAAUGGUACAAGAAGGGCCCUCCCAAGGACGAUCCCGCUCAACAGCACAUCUUCCAGCAGUCUGGCGAAGUCAUUGACCCCAACGCUUCCGUUCCUCGCGACAACAACACCAUCGUUCUCGAGCUUAACGUCACUUGCGAAUGGCGUCAAGAAGGCAAGGAACUCGCAAGACAAGGAGAGCGCGACCCCAACAAGCUCUACAUCAACAGCUCCGUCUACGCCCAUCAAUUCCAGUUCCACCCUCAGGGCCAACAAUCCGAAUACUUCACCGGCCCCGAUGCCAUCCGCCCUGUCAACCCCGAUGUCCUGAUCGCAAAGCUGAGACCUGGUCAAACUAUCCACCUGCAGUGCCACUGUAUCAAGGGCAUUGGAGCCGACCAUGCCAAAUUCUCUCCCGUCGCCACUGCUUCAUACCGUCUUCUACCAUCCAUCAACAUCAAGGAGCCCAUUCUUGGUGCAGACGCAAAGAAGUUUGCUCGCUGCUUCCCCCGUGGAGUUAUCGCAUUGGAGGACGACCCGGCCUCGGGCGAAAAGAAGGCUGUUGUUGCAGACCCAAUGAAGGAUACAGUUUCGCGAGAGUGUCUUCGUCACGACGAGUUCAAGGAAAAGGUGCAACUCGGCCGUAUCCGCGACCACUUCAUCUUCAGUGUUGAGAGCACUGGCCAGAUUGAUAGUGACGAGGUCUUCCUGGAGUCUGUCCGCGCACUCAAGAUCAAGUGCGAGCGUUUCAAGAGAAACCUGAACGACUUGAUGAGG